AUGGCCGAUAUCGAAAUGGACAUUGACCAACCCGAAGCUGACCCCAAGGCCGGCGACGCGCGCACCGAGGCCGGCGCAACAGCUGUGCGCUCCAUUGAAGGCUGGAUCAUCAUUGUCGCAAACGUACACGAAGAAGCUACAGAAGAGGAUCUGCAUGACAUGUUUGGCGAGUUUGGUACUAUUAGGAAUCUGCACAUGAACUUGGACAGGAGAACUGGUUACGUCAAGGGCUAUGUUCUCAUCGAAUACGCUACGCUGGACGAAGCAAAGGCUGCCAUCAAGGGCGCCAAUGGCAAGGAACUCCUUGAGCAAACUGUCGCUGUUGACUUCGCAUUCGUACGACCGCCCCCAACGACCAAGGGACGCUCGCGCGACCACGACAGGCGACAGAGUGGCCGAGGCGCUGGCAGAGCUAGGAGCAGGAGUCCCGGCCGAGGCAGCGAGGGUGUCGAAGACGAAUAG